ACAACAAUUGUCCAAAGAAGACUUCUUAAACAAUUAUCAAAUACAGUAAUCAGUGAGCGUGGCUAAGGUUGUCCUCUCAAACAAAAAAAAUUUGUAAAAGAUUUAUAUGUUUCAUAUAAUGUUUUACUAAUACAGAAGUUCUUUUUGGCCUGUUAGGAUUUGGAAACAAAAAUUAAGGCAUUGAAAAGACAGCAACAAAAAGCUCGUAGAAAAUCAAAAAAGAUCAUUUUGGCUCUUCAGAAAAAAAAUGAAAACACUUCUGAUAGUGAACACUCCUCCAGAGAACUUGAAUCAGACUACUCAUCAGACGACUCAGGAAAUAUGCUGAAUGUUGUGGAGCAGCAUCUAAAUGAAGACUUGCAAGAACAGUAUGAUUCAGAAUCACAUCAGAAUACCAUAAUUAAUAUGCAAGAUCAAGUGCUAUGGUAUGAAAUUGAUAGACUAAAUGAUUCCAUGGAUGUUACCAGUGAAAGUAACUCAGUGCUAGCUUUGUCUCUGGAGAAAAAGCUGUCUGAGUGGGCAAUGAAAUUCAACAUCUCCAUGACCUCUCUCACUCAUUUGCUUAAGAUUUUGAAGGAACAUGACAUUGAUGUUCAAGCAGACGGACGAACACUAUUGAAAACACCUCGUUCUGGCAGUUUGAGAAUAACAGAAAAAUCAGGUGGCAAAUACACAUAUUUUGGAUUAAAGGAAGGUCUUACGCAUACUCUGUCUGAGCAAGACACUUCAAAAUACGACCACUUUGAGAUUUCUUUGAAUAUUGAUGGCCUACCCAUUUUCAAGUCCAAAAACCUCACAAUGUGGCCACUUCAGUGUGCUGUCAUCAACAUUGAUGAAGUGAAAAACAGUCCUUUUGUUGUUGCUCUGUUUUCUGGAGCAAAGAAACCAAAUGAUUUGGAGUUUUUGAGGGAUUUUAUGGAGGAGCUGCAAGAACUGAUGGAAACAGGCUUUAAAGGGAAGAGAAUUGUCCUCUUGUCCUCAAAAAAAACAUCAUAUGUGAUGCACCAGCACGAGCCCUCAUCAAAGGAAUAG